AUGGUGGUGGCAGACAAAGGAAAGUUGUGUUCGUUCAAAGAUCGGGUGCACUCGGCGCCGGUGAUUGCAGUAACGGCGGCAGGUAAGAGAAAUCUUUCCCUUCUUCUCCCCAUCGAUAACGACAAUAUUAUUGCGAUCAGUUUAUGUAGAAAUUUCCCGAAAUCAUUGAUAAAAAAGGCAAAAACAGCGCGAACUCGAGGCGUCGCGGAAACUUCUAGGGCUGAACUGGGAAACCAGAGUAGUCAUUCGUUUGAGAACAGUUUGAUUAAGUGCGUUCGAGGCUACUGUAGUGUGUUGCUGACAAAAGAUGGCCGUGGUACAGGAGAAUUCCAGUACGCUUUUGAAUACAAUAAGAUAUGGGAGUAGUCAUGUGUUGUAUAUCAAGGGUAAGUUUGGAAGUCUUCUUUACAGCAGAUGGAAACGCUAAGUCAAGGUUCCAUUGCUCAAAUGCCCAGAAGCAGCCUUAUAAAUGAUAUCGAACGAAAAAGAAACAAAACAGCUGGGUGGCCCGGAUAAAAUUAGUUGUUUGAUCCGACAAAACCGUAGAUCAUAUGGGCUGAGGUUAUUUAUGAAAUCUCUUCUUUCAAGCUAAAUUGUCAUAGCUCAAAUAGGUUCUCUAAAAAUUUAAAAAAAUACCCUUAAUAUAGGUGGACAAAAAGAAGCUAUUUUUAAGCGCAAAAAUCAUCGAAAACACAGCCAAUUUUUGAACAAUCUUUGGUUGAAAAUCUUGGCAGCAUCCGCAAGUUUCGAGAUAAAGCUUUAUAAGAAAGUUAUAUACUCCGAAUUUUGAACAUUUCAAUGAAAGAUAAAUACAUUAGGAUACCUGGUCCAGUAGCAAAAAACGUGCCACUUUGCAUCCGGGAAGCAUCAAAAAUGUGUCAAAAUGCUUCCCUCUCCAAGUGAAAAACUUCGUUUUGAAGGGCUUUCCGUCAUAAAAAGGAAAAUCGGAGUUUUUUCACUUGGAGAGGGAGGUAUUUUGCCACAUUUUUGAUACUUCCCGGAUGCAAAAUGGUGCGUUUUUUGCCACUGGAUCAGGUCCCCCACUGCAUAAGUCUAGCCAAUAGUUUGUGUCAUCGCACUCAAGAUGCCCUCAAAAGCCUCCCCAAAAUGUAUCCUGCAACGCUAAUAACUGGCUAUGCAAACAUCGCUCACACGAUUUUAGUCAUCCCCUCUGCACCUCGCCAUUAAUUCCCUUCGGUUUUACGCAACUUUCAGCACCUUCCUUUGCACUAUGCAAUAAUUGCUCUUUUCGAGGCCUUAUUACAUAAGAUUUAGACUAAAGAUCAACUAGGCAAUACCGGGUUACAUCACCAAAAAUCGGCGAGGUAAUCCCAUAAUAGCCAUCAAUCUUUCGCCUUGUUUGUAAACAUUAACCAUGCGGUUCUUGGGAGGAGCGCUUUCGACAUAUUUUUGGGCACUGCUCAUCGUAAUGUUGUAGAAAUGGCCGGGAAACAUAUGCCGAGCUUAUCGUCGUUCUUAUUAUAAGAUCAAGAACCAGGCCAGUGUUUUUGCGGGCAAAAUGGGUAUUUCAAGGACCGAGAAGUCGAAAAUAUUUGCUUUAGGCCUUAUUUUUUUGAAAUUUCGAGGAAAACAAGGGCAAAGUGUGCAAUUUAGAGGAUAAAGAGAGCAGUUGCAACAUUAAAUUAGGAGAAAAAAUGAGUUUCAGGAGCUCGACGACCUAGUGUAAUAUAAUUUUUUGAUAUUUUUUGGAGUUUUCAGGGAUCCUAGGCUAUGUUAUCCCCUUAUAUCUGUCAUAAUUUAGACAAAUUUCCCAUUUCCGUAACUCUUAUUUCACUUUGUCAUCUUCUCCUUGACCAUUGUACCCUCAAAAGCGAUUACUCUUUUUAUAACCUUUAAGACUCUGCAAUUUAAUUCCUGAUAACGUGCUCGGACUUAUAAAAAGCAUAUUACGAUUGAGCGUUAUUUACACUUUACACCAAAAGAAAGGCAAAAGGAAUUCUGGGUACCUUCACUUUCUGCGUGUUUUCUGCAAUAACGAAAAUGGCCGCUAUUUAUUUCCGAAAAUGAUCGAAUACUCGGAACUUUAGUCACUUUACUUAUUUUGGGAAAGAGUUAUUUUUAGAGUAUCAUGAAAACUCGGGUUCUCAUGCACUUCUGAUGUUACUCAUGAGCAAAAGAUGAUAUUAAUUAGAAAAAUGAGGGAUCUGUAGAGACCGGCUGAUUGCAAGGUGUUUAUUAUGCUCUCAGAACCGUAUUGGGGAAGUUUUAGGUCAAUCGAGCGAUUCAAAAUUGAGUUUUCACAUAAAAUUUGUCCAUGACCGGUAAAAUUUAGUACAAGGUCAAAAAAGUUUUUCAAAAAAGUGUCUAAUGCAACGUCACCAAUGCCAUACCAUUCUAUAUGGCACAACCACGUCAUAAAGCUCUAAUGUAGUCCUAUUUAUUGUUUUCUAGGCCAUCAUUUCCGUCCAGAACAGCAUCAACAUCUUCCCCAUUAACUAAAUUAGACCUUUCUCGUCCUAGAACGGAUCUCUGGCCGAUUAAAUCCCCUAAGCCUUGCAAAAACAUAUUCGUAGAGUCCUCAAUGUUGUUAUUUAGCACUCCUCUCUCCCCUUUGGCCACUUUCUGCGGCCAAAAAAGAACACAAAAAGAAAUUUCUUCGAAGAACUCUUUUUCGUCCGAAAAAAUAUUUUUUUCCCCGUUUUCACUCAAAUUUCCACAGUUUUUUGGCGAAUUUGGCCAAUUCUUUGGAGAGUUUGGAUAGAUAGAGAUGUUCUUUAUCUUAUUCGACUUGUUUCUAGCUGAAUUUUAUCCGAUUAAUCUAUUUUUACUCGAAAUUUUGAAACUUUAUGGGAAUUCGGCCGAAUUCUCGUGCUUACGAAAAAUUUUCACUCUUUGGCCUUGAAUUUUGACAAAGUGUUAGAUUCCAAAUGCUCGUAUGGCAAAUUUUGAGCUAGCCGAGUCUCAAAACUCCCGAAAAUGUUUUGUUUUUCGCAUUUCCGACCUUGUUUUGGCUAGGUUCGAUGUCUAAAGUGCGAAUUGGACUUUUUCUUCGAUAUUUUAGAUAAUUCACGUGUCUCUGGCGUGCACGAUGAUUAAAACGUCUUGCGAUUUAGUUCAAUAUGAAUAUCAUGAGACGUUUUCACAAAAAUAUCCGGCUUGAGACAAUUUUAUUACCUAAAUUUUCGGAAAAUUGCGAAAACGGCGAAAUUUUUGGUAUUUUCUCUUAGUUUAUGGGUCUAAAAGGUUAAUUUUCUGGAAGAUUAUAGUAGAAAGGACGUAUUUUACUCUUCAUUGGGCUACUUUUUAAUAUUUUUUGCCCGAAAUUUCUAGUGUAAUAUAGGAUGAACGUCCAUUCCGUCUGAAAUGGCCAGCUGGUUGUUUCGAGAAGGAUCCCCGCGGCCGCACGAUAGGAACGCCCCGCUGUUUGUCCAAUGUUUUGACUUGUUUUGUGCUCGAAAAUUUUCCAGAGACGAACUUUUGACUCCUUUUUUUUCAUAAUCAAAUUGCUCUUAUCUGCGGCUGCCUAAUUUCCCAUUGUUUUUAUGACAUUGAGUAUUGAUCAUGGAGAAGAAUUGGAUCAAAUUUGAUAACGUUUUGUGAAAUAUUACCUAAAAUAAUAUAAUUUAUUCGUUGCAGAUUCAAUACCAGUCGAACAGGCGGCCGCGUGCAAUUUGCUGAAGCCCUUUCAACGCCGCGACCCUCAGCGAACCAUGCCUGGGGCGAGCAACUUCUCCAAUGAGGCCAUAACAACGGUAGGUUGUUGGUUUAGCUGUCCAAAUGGCGAGAUUUUUAUAUUAUACUUGACAUUAGUCUGAAUCCUUUUUUCCAGAGGCUGGAAAAGACGCUAAAGUCUCUGAACGUUGAACUGGACCCGAACACGGAAGAUUACAAUGACAAAGCCCUCGAGACAAUAAUCAGCCGAUGGCGGAGACGCGAUUCUCACUCCGAAAUCGCUCUGCAAGGCAUCCUUUCGGUCCUCGAGUAUUGCCUUCAGUACAGUUUCGACAGUAACGAGUUCUUCGAGAAGUUUGUCAAUGCCCUCGGCUAUCACACAGUGCAAUUCUGGAGGUCGGCGAUCCCGUAUAUUUACGAUUCGGAUAUGUCUCAUGGAACCAAAUACAGAGACGCGCUGCUGUUCAGUUUGACCUUAUAUGAUGUGAAUACGGGGAAGAGCAGACUCAAGGAGCUUUAUGCUGCUGUGCCCGGAAUCAGGAAGAGCUUAUUGGGUAUGGAAUUAUUUAUUUUUUGACAAUUUCUUCACAUAGGUCAUAUUUCCUCGAUUGAAUUUAAUUUUUGUCCCAGAAUGCUGCGAAAAAUCUGAUUUUAUUUGCGGAUUUUCCUCCUAAUAUAUAAAAUACAGUCUUACAUAUCACUAUUGGCAUUUUUCAGGGGUCCAUGCCAAGAGAUUCGGCGAGCAAUACCAUAAUUUGCAACGAAGAAGAUCACUUUCAAGGUCAUCCCUGCAAAACUCGAGCGACUCUUUGAAUGGAAGCCAUUUGGGUGUUGAAAAUCUCAGUCUAAGCAACUCGCAACACAACAGCGAUGAUGAAGAUGGCAACAGUAAGUUUUUUUGGACCGAAUUUUAUGGGAAAUCGAAGGAAAAUUGAUUUUGGGCUUGUUUUUUAUGAUUUUUGAUAAAUUAUAAGUUUUUUGGGGUAAAAUACGAAGCAUGUGGCAUUUUGUAUGCUAGAAAAUGAAAGAAGAAGGCGGUGAGAACAUAAAAAUUUGAUUUAAAAUAGCAUUUUUUUUGAAAUUUUAAAAAAUUUGCUAAUUUUUUCUCCUUCCAGGCUUCGAAAUGGGAAAACGCCGCGCCAAGCGAACAUUUUCCAUCGACAGCACCGACAGCGGACUCCUCGCUCAUCAUGACAAUGAAUCAGAAACCUUUACAUCCGGCGGACUUGCCAACACUCAUUUCCAGCAACGGGUUAUCAACGUUUCAAAUGCCCCACCAGUGUCUCUAAAAAGAGAAAAAUCCGGCGAAUGGGAGAUCAAACAGGGCUCCGGAGGCUUGGUUUCGUGUGUAGAUCCGGUCAUGUCUGUGAACCACGAGAAUAUGUGGCUGGCCAACCUUGGAAUGAACAUUGGACAUAAGUUGAAGUCAGUUUUGGCUAGUGUAAUAUGAUAUUUUGCGGAGUUGGACGAUUGGGAAAAAAGACGAAAAACCGAAAAGUAUUAUUUUUCUUCAAUGCAAGUGUCGAACUAGGAUAACCGAGAGUGCUGAUUUCGAAAAUGAUAUUCAUUUUUUUGACCCUUUUUUCUGUAAGUAGUACUGUAAAGUAGGAAUUUUUUGAUUUUUUUUCACAAAUACCCGAUUUAGGGGUUUUCGACCUUGCUGAUUUUGAAAAUCUUAUUUAUUUUUACUGAUUUCAAAGCAGCACCAUCGAAAACCCCCAAAUCGAAGAUUUGUGAAAAAAAUUUAAAAAUUACUACUUUACAGUACUACUUAAAAAAAAGUAAUCAAAAAAAGGAAUGUCAUUUUCGAAAUCAACACCUCGAUUGUCGUAAUUUCGACACUUGCAUCGAAGAAAAAUAAUAUUUUUCGGUUUCCUCAAUAGUCCCAGUUUCGAUAUUUUUGGGUUAACGGGUAUUUGAGCCGUUUUUGGUAGAUGAAAUAAAUAUUGAAAAGAUCUGAUAACAGUCUUUUUCAGAUCGAAUGAGCUCCUGAAUGUCUCCGAAGACUCGCAACAACUUGCCCCGACCACCAACACUUUGGGUCUCCCGUUGAUGCGACAGGCCCUGGCUGACGUCCUCUUCCACGUCCUGGCUGACGAUGACAUCAAGGAGGAGAAGGAGAGUGCCGAACAGAAAACCGUCAGGUCGGGAAACCCCAAACACGCCGGCCAAACGCUUUGGUUCAGUUUUUCAUUUGGCUUCUCCCAUUUUCCGUUCGUCUUGAGGGAUUACUGUGCAGCUGGAUUGGGAACCCUUAUGGGUUGUAGGCUCAUUUGUGAAGUUAACAGGGUUUCUAGAGCGAUUAUUUUGGUUUAGUUUCAGUAAGAAGUCACUUUUUGGCGAAAAAUUGAAAUUUUUUGGCAUUUUUUGAUGACCAAGUGUAAUUUCGCUGUAAUUUCGUGGGUUUUGAGGUAGAUUGAGGGUUUUUAUAACCUAUUAAAAGCUUGAGAAGCCCACAGUAAUCUCUCAGAAGUCUAUCAGUUACAAAAACAUAACGUUGGAUCUACAGGCUUUAGAAAAACACCGAAUUUUAGCGAAAAGAUUGUAAUUUUUGGAUAAAAGAUGUUGUUUUUUGGUGUUUCUCUGUCCCGUAGACGAUACUAACAGGUGUGAGGUGAAAUUACACAACAUUAGAAGUCAUUUUCAUACGAGGUUGUGAUGGUUUUUUAUCGUAGUUUUAUAUUUUUUCUGUAAUUGUUUGAAAUUUAAAACAAUUUUUAAUAUUGAAAUUUAAGAUGACUGUAGGAGGUGUGUUAAAACUAAUGUACUAACCCUUGAGUGUGCAUAAUUACAAAUUUUCGAUGUCUAAAUCCUCUGUUCCGAACGGAAAUUGUCGAAAGUCCUGUCCUUCAACUGUCCGUUAGCCAAAGCCUGCUCCAACGCCGAAACUUUUGGUUUAGAAACCUUUUCUCCAAUUUUCGGCGACAAAUUUAUUGAGGAUUUUCUGAUUUUAGGGAAGAAAUGUCCCUACUUGGGGUCCUGAACAACUACAAUAAAGGAAAUUACAAAUUGAACCCGGUUAUUGUCCAGGAACAGGACUACAAUGUGUAUUACGGUGGGAUAAGUAACGGACUCCUCUGGCCAGCCCUCCACAAUCUCCCGGAAUACAUUGCCACGGAUUACGAUGAUGUUGCGGUCCUCCGAGAGCAUUGGUGCAGCUAUGUCCGGGUCAAUUAUCAGUUCGCAAUUGAUGCUGUUAGAAAUAGCCGACCACAAGUGAGUUGAGCAAUUUUUUUGGAGACUUUGGGAGGUUUUCUGAAAAAUACAGUGGCGGACCUGAUCCAGUGGCAAAAAACGUGCCAUUUUGCAUCCGGGAAGUAUCAAAAAUGUGGCAAAAUACCUCCCUCUUCAAGUGAAAAAACUCCGAUUUGAUUUAAAACUCUCUUUUUGUGAGGGAAAGGGCGCGCAAUUCAAAAUUGAGUCCAAAUUUAGUUGGAGAGGGAGGCAUUUUGCCACAUUUUUGAUACUUCCCGGAUGCAAAAUGAUGCGUUUUUUGCCACUGGAUCAGGUCCCUUACUGUAUAAUGGUUAGCUUUCGCACAGUGCAGAAAUUUGGAUAAUGAACUUUUGCACGGUGCGGAAAAGGAAAAAUUUGUUUUUUUGCACUGUGCAGUUGAUGCGAAAUGCCUCGUUGUGAUAGUAGAAAAGAAGAGAGCUAUAAAAUUUGUUUCCUUGAUAAUAAUUUAGCCAUUUUUGUUUUGACGGCACAGUGCAGUUUGCGAAAAUAUUAAUUUCGCACAGUGCGGUGGAAAAAAUCGUUCGGGAAUUUUGCACUGUGCAGUAUAAAACUAACUUUUUGAUAGUGGAAUUAACGAGGAAUACUAAAUUUACUUUGAUUGCAAUAAAAUAUAGUACUUUUUGUUGUGAAUGCACUGUGCAAAGUUAAAUUUUUUACCGCCGCACUGUGCAGUGGAAAAAAUUUGAAAAUUUGCACUGUGCGAAAACUUAAAAAAAAAACUAAAAAUGAGAAAUGAUUACCUUUGUAACUUUCAGGAUUUUAUCUGGAUCCAUGACUACCACUUGAUGUUGACCGGAAUGAUUAUGCAGAGUUUGGAUCAAAAUCUGGAGAUUGGGUUCUUCCUUCACAUUCCGUUCCUUCCACCAGAGAAUUUCUUCACCAAGUAUCGUAUCUGCGCGUUCCCCAUUCUGAGAGGACUUUUGAGAUUUACCAAGGUAGGUAGCUAUAAUUACGGUAGUAUUUUUUCAAAAAAAAAAAAAAAAAAAAUCAAAUAAAAAAAUCUUGUUGUAGGUCGGGUUCCAAACCCACAGAGACCGCGCCAAGUUCCUCGAAUUGAUUCAGAAGCAUCUACAAACAGUUCGAAUCACUUUCGACGCCAAUCUGGAUAUUCAUGUGGUCACUUACCAAGGCUGGAGCUGUUCGUUGGGCGUUUUCCCAGUCAGCAUCAAAAACGAGGACUUUUUGAAGGUAGCGAAGGAUCCGGAAACUAUCAAAAGAGCCAAUGAUAUCAGACAGAGGGUAAGAUUUUGAUUGGAUAUGGGGUUUUUUACUUUAGAUGUCAGUUUUUUACUAAAAUAAUAUAAUUUUGGUUUUUAUUUCGAAAAUUUUUAGAUUUUUGGCGAUAAUCCUCCACAAGAUGCCCGGUUAUUCUUCUCGGUUGAACGAUUCGACUACACAAAGGGAAUCCGAGAGAAACUGAAGGCCUACAAAAGAUAUUUCGAGAAGUAUCCAGACAGAGUCGGCAAGGAUUGCCUGUAUCAGGUGAGAUUUUUAUUAUUUUUCUUUGUUUUUAGGUUGAAUAGAAGUUUAAUGGAGGCUUAUUCAAUGUACAGUGACGGACCGGAUCCAGUGGCAAGAAACGUACUAUUUUGCAUCCGGGAAGCAUCAAAAUUGUGGCAAAAUGCUUCCCUUUCAAAGUGAAAAAAACUUCGUUUUGAAGGGCGCCCUUCCCUCACAAAAAAGAACGGGCGGGCUUUUGGAAUCGGAUUUUUUCACUUGAAGAGGGAAACAUUUUGCCACAUUUUUGAUACUUCCCGGGUGCAAAAUGGUAAAUUUUUUGCCACUGGAUCAUGUCCCCCACUGUAAAAAUGCUCCUCCACAGUGCUGUUCAAUUCAAAAUUUUUAUUUUUUUAUUCACGAAAUUGUUUUAGGUAGCUGUAACUAACCGCCGCUCCGUCGAUACUUACCGUGUAUAUCAAGACGAGUGUACCGAGUUGGCCGAAGAGAUUGUCAAGUCUGUCACCUGCCCCGAAAACCCCAAUUGGAAGCCGUUGAUCUUCCGCACGGACGGUCUGCAACGAGUUGAUCUGGUCAGUCAUUACAUUGCAAUGGACAUUGGAGUUGUGACCCCACGAAAGGAUGGAAUGAACUUGGUCGCGAAGGAAAUGAUGGUCUGCAACCCAUCGGGAGGACUGGUCCUCUCGACCGGCGCCGGCUCGGAGAUCCAGUUCACGAUGGCUGGAUUAAUGGAAGACGAAGAUCAGGCCUAUCACAGAGUAGACGACCUAAAUGAUGUCGAAAGAUAUGCCGAUAUCCUGUAUGCAGCCGCCACAGAACCAGUAGAGGUCAGAGCCACUCAUGGCAAACGAUUGCACGAAUUCAUCAUGAACAAUGACAUUGAACGAUGGUCCGCCGCCUUCCUGGACCCGGGAUGGAGCCAUUUGGUCAUAAAACAGAGCGAAGUUCAGACUCUGGACGACUUUUACACAUUGAUGAUGAGGUCUCGAGACGUGAGAAGGCAGAUUGUGGAGAGGGUGUUGAAAGGAAUCCCGAUUCGAAGCCAUUUUGGCAUCAGCUUGAACAAUGCCAAGGUAAGGAUAAUAUAAUUUUGGAGAAAUUUUUGAAAAUUUUUUAUGGAAUGGGGAUUAAAAUGGGAAUAAAAUGAUUAAUUCGGGUUGAAAAUGAGGUUUAAAGUGAUUUUAAUUCCAGGAAUCGCUAUCAUUGGCAUGUGAACACCACUCAAAAACGAUCCUUCUAAAGCCCUCCAGCGAUAUCGCCGACGAUGAUAAGGUCCAAAUGGCCCGAUUCGACAUCAAAACGGAGCUUGAUGAAUUCGAAAAAGACUUGAACUUUUUAAAAUUCAUCCAAAGCGACGAUGUUUACAAUGUGGAACAGUUCAUCAAUGUAGGUUAAUAUAAUUUUUUAUUUUUUCAAAAUUAUUUAGUCCCUCCAAGAGUAUCACCCAGUGAGCAGCGAGAAGUUCCGCGAAGAAGUGAUGGCCGUGGUGGACCUGUUCACCGACGCCGAUCAUUUCAACUUCUUCUUCACGGACCGUGAUGGAACUUUGAAGUCGUAUUCUUGCUCCUAUCCAGCCUCGGUUCAACCCGCCUACUCUGGCGUGAUUCAGGCACAGUUUGCACGAAGAUGCGCGCAAACUUGCGCCAUUGUGACGACAGCACCGAUGAUGAGAAUUGGAGUUCUGGAUGUGAGCACGAUCCCGGAAGGAUACUAUUACUUUGGAGCCUCGGCCGGAAGGGAAUGGUUCAUUGACCCGGCGACGAAGUUUAAGGAUCAAUCGAUACCCGAGGCCGACCUAGAAAUGCUGGACACUGUAUUUAAUGCCAUUGCUGACUUCCUGGAGGAACCCAAGUUCAAACAUUUCACUUGGGUCGGAAGCGGACUGCAAAAACAUUACGGACAUUUGACUGUGGCUCAUCAAGACGCAUUUGGAAGUGUAAAGGAGCAGAAUGUCAAGGAGUUGUAAGUAAUUUAUGGAAGAUUAGGUACUAAAGAAAAUAUUUUGCAAGGAAUUGGGAUGAAUUUUUGAGAGUUGAGCAACGAAAUUGACAAUUAUAUUAUCCAUGCCCAUUUUGAUGAUUUUUUUUUGAAAGGUGUGUUUAAGAUAGUUAUAACUUUUUAUGGUAAUAGAAAAGUUGAGUGUAGAUAGAAAAGAGGUUAAUGAUCUUGUUUUUGGAAUUUUGUAAGAAUAUUUCGACAGGUUUAGCAUCAAAUUUUAGGUUAUAUUACACUUGUCUAUUUAGGUAAUAAAAAUUUUAUUUGGAUGCUAUAAAUCUUUCUGACAUAUAAAAUCAUCGUUUAAAAUUGAAUAAGAUUCAAUAAAUUAUUUUUUUUUUCUUUUUCCAGAGACGAAAGAAUUCGUGAAAUUGUCGGCAAAAUCGACCCACAAGGAAAUUCUUUGUCCAUCAUAGAGACAGAAACGGAUUUGAAGAUCUUCCUGAAGUCCGAGACGGGAGAAAUCUUUGACAAAGGAGAUGGAAUUGAACUCCUCGUCAAACACGCCAAACUUGACCUCUCAAACGGAUCGAUUUUGGUUUGCGGAGACUCGAUGACUGAUCUGCCAAUGCUCGAAGCUUGUCUGCAGAAGAAUCCAACUGGAGUGUUCACUGUUUGGGUAACGUCGGAUAAGAAUUUGCAAAAUACUGUAAGUUAUUGAUGGAGAAUUUUGAGUUUGGAUUGAAAAUUUGAAUUUUGGGUAGUUGAAUUUGAGAAUUAAAAAAGUUUUUUUUUGUUAAAAUUUUUUUUUGAUUUCUGGGAUUGAAUAUUCAAAUAGUGGCAUUUUGAUGUUAUUUUUUUAUUUUUUUACUUACUUUUUUUCAGGUAUCAAACGCCUGCGCCAAGUACAACAACCAGAACUACGUGUUCGUCUCUUGCCCAGAAGUCCUCCUCGGAGGCAUGGCCCAAGCCACAAUCCGCGAAAUCAGCAUCUGCCGCCCUCGACUCAACAGCCAAGAGUCGGAUUAG